AUGCGCUUCGCAGUCACAACAAUUCUCAUGAUGCACUGCGUCACAUCAGGCCUGUCGCUUGCAGUUGACACCACUUCAACCAUCGAGGGGAAGCCAAUGCCCGACAAAUGGAUCAAAUAUGAUUUGGAGGUGCCCUUCAACACGGCAGUUACUGACGUUUCUCUCGCCCCUCGCACAGACGUCACCGUCUGUCAAGCAAUCCAAACUGUUUCAGCUUGCUUGAACAUAGCCAAUAUACUCAUUUCUUGGGCCAAGUCCACAGGGGCUCUUAUUAAGUCUUUAUCAGACUCAGGCAGCUGCGCCACAUCUUCUGGAUCGUUGAAUGGUAUUUCAUUUGUGUAUUACACAAGUGGAAGAAACUGCGACACAACUGCCCAAGAGGACACUAUCCAGGGAGCUAUAAAGCAGCAUUUGGAGAACGUCGAUCAAGGCUCCCUGUGCGGAACUCAAUGUCUCAACCUUAGCCACGGUGGCACCUGGGAGGGCUAUCUCCUUAUUGGACCAGCAGACAGCUUCAACAGUGGCGCAUACUGCGGGUCGUCACUCGCUUGGUCACAGUGCACGUCCGGAGGCAAAAAUAACCUAUGA